AUGAUUCCCGUCACUCUACUCAACUGCGGCUUUGAAGGCAUCAUGAUUCCUGAGGACAACUCAUCCUGCUUAGUCGACAAUCAUAAUACAAUGGAAAGCAACAUGCAGCAGCAGCAGUUUAACGACCAGGCUUCUGGUAGCAACGCUUCUGACGGCGACAUGAGCGCCUAUGGCCACGGCGCUCAGCAGAUCCAGCAGCAUCAGGCCGAAAACAAUGCUCCUGAUGGCCCCGCUGCUGACAGCCCUGGUUAUGACAGCAACCUGCACGCUCACGAUGAUGAUAUCCAGCAGUCCCAGCAGCUGCAGGCCCAGCAGCACCAUGUGUCUGCCCCCAACUCUCACCCCGGCAUGAUCCCGACCGCUCAAGACCCCAGCGCCCAGAAUCAGCAUCAGUUCGCGCCCCAAGCCCACGGCCAGCCGUCCGCCAUCAUGGCUGCUCACGGUCCCCAGCAGCACCAGCAGUCCCAGGUCUUCGGCCAGGUUCUUCAUGCCCAGCAGCAGGUGUACAACGCUGUCAGUGCCGCAAUGCCGGCUUACAACCUUCAUAACGUCAACAUGGUUGCUCAGGCUCCCCAGCACCAGAUGCCCAACGCUGUCGGUGCCGGAAUCCCUGGACCCAACGUCCAUAAUGCCAUCAUGGCUGCUCAGGCACCCCAGCCCAGCCUCCAUGGGGCCGCCAACCCGAGACCGUGUUCAAAGUGCCGCAAAAGUGGCAAUAUUGCCUGGAAUACCCGCUGGCAGGACCCGGACGCACAGCCGCUCGUCUGCAAGACGUUUGCGACCUGCAACCACUGUAAGUGGUCGCCUCGCUUGCAGUUCGAGACGGCUGUGAACUGGGUUCUUCGCAAUGCCCCUUGGCUCCUCAACGACGUCGGUGCCUACUGCCCUUGCUAUGUGGGGGACGCGGGCAACCACUGGCCUCACCCUAUGUGCAUCACCCGCACCCGCGCGGGUGCUCGCGCUCCGGCCGCUGCUCCGGCCGCUGUGCUCGCUGCCGCUCUCCUCGGGGCCCCCCCUGCGGGCUUCGUGCCUAACCCCGUGGCCCCUAUGGCCCAGAUGGGGCCUGCUGCCGGCGCCGCUCACUAUGACCUCGAAGAUGGAGAUUCUGAGCUUUUCGUGAAGCAGGAUGAAUUCUAA